UAAAUAUUAUUUUUGUUUAGACUUUCCAGCAGUGCUGACAAGCAGCAGUUGGCGAGGAUCAAACAGGUUUUUGAGAAGAAAAACCAGAAAUCCGCGCAGAACAUUGCACAGCUACAGAAAAAACUAGAAAAUUAUCAAAGAAAGGCUCGCGAUAUUGAGCAGUACGGAAGCGUGUCCGGGAAACAACCAAUUCUAAAGGUUGUCGGUCUCGGGAUAAAAACGGUUGGUGGCGGGGUGGUGGGAACUCUAUCUAAACCAAAGGAAUUUGCUCAUUUGAUCAGAAAUAAGUUUGGAAGUGUGGAUAACAUUCCCUCUCAUAUACCAAAGGAGAGGGAUGAUGAUGAGAGAAGAAGUCAUCAUGGUUCCGCCUCUCUACCAAGAGAAGGUUCUACCCGGGGAUCAGUUCUCAGUGAUAAAAUAAGACUGACCUCCCUAGAGGAUCCUGUUCAUCUUGGCAGUGAUGAUGCUCGGUCUGUCCCCCGGACAUCUAGUUCAAUUACUUCCAGUGAGAGGGGGGGAGAAGAGUUACCGGGACAGGAUGCCGAAUUAUCUCCCCGGAAUUCUGGAACCCGAAACCUUGGUCUUAAUGCUCUCAUGUCCGAGAUAUCCAAUCUCAGAGAGGAGACAGAAAGAUUACGAGAAGAGCUGGAGGAGCAAAGGCAGCAGUUUAAACAGGAGCUUGAUUAUGUGACUUCUCAACUCCGUGAAGACCGAUUUAGAACUGAUAGACUGGAAGAGCAGAUUAACGACCUGACUGAGCUGCAUCAGAAUGAAAUGGAGAAUAUCAGAUCCGGAGUUACGGAUAUGGAGGAGAAGGUUCAAUAUCAAAGUGAGGAAAGACUUAGAGAUAUUCAGGAUCAGCUGUCUGGCCUAGAAACCAAGAUAUCAAGGAUGGAGCAUCAAGCAGCACAGCAUCAGCAGUAUGUAACAUUUGAGGGACUAGAAAACUCCAAUGCUCGAGCCUUGGUUGUGAAAGCAAUAAAUAUUCUGCUAACCCUACUCCAGGUUGUUUUGUUACUCCUUGAGACUGGGGCCCAGAUACUGAAACCGUUUUUAAAAACUCCCACAAGGAUGGUAACUACCCUACUCUUAGUGACUGUCAUUAUUUUGGCAAUUAGACAGUGGACCGAGCUCUCAACUCUGGCAGUAGGACGCCCUAAAGAUUUAAAGAAACAAGAUUUGUAGUAUUGACAUUUAUAAAAAUUUUCAUAAAUUUGUCAUUUCAAGGUUUGCCAAAAAUCAGAACUUUUCUGGAAUUUUAAAUUUCCAACUUCGUAAGUUCUGAAUAGUUUUUUAUUCACAAUAUGUUACUUUAAUAGUUUUAGCAGAUUGAAAAACCAAUCCCUCUGAACUGAAAACCAAAUUUUGGAACUAAUAAAAAACCAAGAAAGAUAAAGUUCAGUCUUUACUCUAAAAAGUUUUUCUUCAAAUUGACUAAAAAUUCUUGUUGGCUCGGCAUUAAACAAAGCAUGUACUGUACCAAAACUUUGUUACCUUAAAUGAAAGUCUUUCUCCUUAAAAAAAAACAGGUUGUAAUCACUAAUCAUUGAAAUUGCUUGUAUAAAAUUUAUACAACUAAAUUCUUGACAAAACUGAAUCAGGGGUGUUUUUCUUUUAGUAAACUUUUAACUUAUAAGUAGAAAAUUUUAAACGUUUGGCAAAAAUUAGUUCGGACAGUGUUUGUCAAUAUCCUGGGUUUGGACUAAACUCGUUGAGGUUGCACUCCCUCCCUUGUUGAACUAGUGAGGUUGCACUCCCUCCCUUGUUGAACUAAUGAGGUUGCACUUCCUUGUUGAACUAGUGAGGUUGCACUCCCUCCCUUUUUGAACUAAUGAGGUUGCACUCCCUCCCUUGUUGAACUAGUGAGGUUGCACUCCCUCCCUUGUUGAACUAGUGAGGUUGCACUCCCUCCCAUGUUGAACUAAUGAGGUUGCACUCCCUCCCUUGUUGAAAUAGUGAGGUUGCACUCCCUCCCUUGUUGAACUAAUGAAGUUGCACUCCCUUGUUGAACUAGUGAGGUUGCACUCCAUCCCUUGUUGAAAUAGUGAGGUUGCACUCCCUUGUUGAACUAAUGAGGUUGCACUCCCUUGUUAAACUAAUGAGGUUGCACUCCCUCCCUUGUUGAACUAGUAAGGUUGCACUCCCUCUCUUGUUGAACUAGUAAGGUUGCACUCACUCCCUCGUUGAACUUAAGCUUUUUAACUGAUGUACUCAAGAACAUAUUGUAAGAAGCAGUUGCUACUCUAUUUUCAUUAUCUCUAGUUACAAAGACAACAAAAACGUUUUUUAAAACAAUGCUAUAAUGUUAUUUUUAGUUAAUAUUAUAAAGUAGUGUUAGUUUUAUAUAUUUUCAUUAAACCCAAAAAGCCCUUAUUAUCUUUAGAUAUGCAUUCUGGGGUGUAUUUGAAGAAUUGGGUUGGGGGGGGGGGGGGGGGGGAAGAAAACCUUCAGGGUGAAAAAAGUUGUGACUAUGAGGCCCUUUUUUGCUUCAAGUUUCGGAGGACAUAUAUAAUGUAUUCUCUUACUUUAAAUCUGCAUACCUUAAACAAAUACCUUUUUAAAUAAACUUACUAGAAUAAUUA